AUGCAGAUCUUCAUGAAGACGCUGACGAGGAAGAUGGUCAUGCUGGAGGUGGAGAACAGCGACACCAUCGACAAUAUGAAGGCCAAGAUCCAGGUCAUCCUCCUCUUGUCCCCUCUCACCUGUUUUUUCAAGAACACGAUUCGUCCCAUGCUAAUUUAUGCUGGAAAGCAGCUUGCUGACAAUAAAACUGCUAAAGAUUACAACAUUGAAAGUGGUUCAGUGCUCCAUCUCGUGCUCGCUCUGAGGGGUGGUCACUAG